GGUUGCCCGGAGCGAGCGGCCCCGCCCAGGGGCGUGGCCUGAGGACGAGGAGGAAGCAGCUGGCGGGAGCUGCCCGGACGCCUGGGCCCCUCGGACGCCUGGGCCCCUCGGACGCCUGGGCCCUUUCCCGGACGCCUGGGCCCUCACUCCUGCCCCCCCCCCAGAGCCAUGGAGCCCCCCGGAGCCGCCGAGGAGGCCCCGGAGCAAGUGGAAGCGCUGAAGCUGGAGCUGGUGACGGCCGUGUGCUCGGCGCUGGUGGGCGGCACCGACCCGGAGCGGCGGCAGGACGGGCUGCGGCGACGGGUGGCCGAGCUCUGCCGCAGGCUGGCGCCCGCCGAGCCCGAGUUCCUGCUGCAGGUGGCCCUCUUUGCCCGCCGCGAGCUGGGGCUCCGGGCCGUGAGCUGCUUCGUGGUGGCGGCGGCGGCGGCGGCUCCUCCCUGUCGGCCCCAUCUGCGCCGCUACCUGGGCGCCGUCGUCCUCCUGCCCUGCGAUUGGACGGCCGUGGCCCGCCUCUACCAGAGCCUGGCGCCGGACCCAGGCGUCCUGGCGCCGCUGCCCCGGGCCCUGCGCGACGCCCUGGUGAGGCGAUUCGCCGCCUUCGACCUCCAUCAGCUGGGAAAGUACCGGGGCCGCCCGGGCAAGCGCCCCCGGGGCCCCCCCCGGCGCCAGCAGCAGCAGCCGCCCCCGACGCGGCCCCCGGCCCGACGCCUCCGCCCCGUCCUGCGCGCGGCCGAGAGCAAGCUGUCGCGGGCGAAGGAGCCGCCGCCGCUGCCGCCGUCGCUGUUCUCGCUGCGCUCGCUGGUGCGACGCCUCCACGUCACCCAGCCCCCGCAGCACGUGCGGGCGCUGCUGGGCCGCAGCGGGGCGGGGCCGUGGGGGAGGGGCCCCCGCCCCGCCCUGCCCCCCCCCCGCACCUGGGAGCGGGCGCUGAGCGCGGGGGGGGCGGCCGGUGUCCCCGCCCACGUGACCUGGCGGCGCCUCAUUGCGGAGGGGGGGCCGCCGGGGCUGGCGCUGCUGCGCAACCUGCGGGGGCUGCUGGGGGCGGGGCUGGACCCCCCCACGCUGCACGGCCUGCUGGGACGCCUGGAGGACCCGGCCACCAUCGCCGGGAGCCGCCUGCUGCCGUCGCAGCUGCUGGCAGCACACGAGGCCCUGGGGGAGCUGGGGGGGGGCCGGGGGCCCCCCCCCAGCCGGGGGUCGCUGGUGCGGCGGGUGCUGGCGGGGGCCGGUGUCGCCCCCCCCCCAAGCUGGGGCCGCCGGGAGCUGCGGGCGGCACUGGGGGUCCCCGGGGUGCGGGGGGCCCUGCGGCGCCUCCGCGCCCAGCACCGCCGGCCCCGGGUGCCCCCUGAUUGGGCGGCGCUGCGGCGGGCGCGGGGGGCGCUGGGGGCGGCCAUGGGGGUCGCCGUGGGGCUGCUGCCCCCCCUGCCCGGGCCCGGCGCCCUGCUGCUGCGCCCCGGCGGCCCCCCCGCGGCCCAGGCCCGGCAGCUGCUGCUGGCGCUGGUGGCGCUGGCGCGGGCUGAGGGGGGGCGGCUGCUGCUCUACGGCCGCGGCCCCCCCCGCCCCUACGAGCCCCCCGGCGGGCACUGGGACCCGGGGGACACCCACGCCGGCGGGCACUGGGACCCAGUGGAUGACAUCACCGGCGGGCACAAGGACCCAGCGGACACCGCCGAGGGCGGGCACAGGGACCCAGCGGACACCGCUGCCGGCGGGCACUGGGACCCGGGGGACACCGGCGCCGGCGGGCACAGGGACCCAGUGGAUGACAUCACCGGCGGGCACAAGGACCCAGCGGACACCGCCGAGGGCGGGCACAGGGACCCAGCGGACACCGCUGCCGGCGGGCACUGGGACCCAGCGGACACCGCCGAGGGCAGGCACUGGGACCCAGCGGACACCGCUGCCGGCGGGCACAAGGACCCAGCGGACACCGCUGCCGGCGGGCACUGGGACCCGGGGGACACCGCUGCCGGCGGGCACAGGGACCCAGCGGACACCGCUGCCGGCGGGCACAAGGACCCAGCGGACACCGCUGCCGGCGGGCACAGGGACCCAGCGGACACCGCUGGCGGCAGGCACAAGGACCCAGCGGACACCGGCACCGGCAGGCACAGGGACCCAGCGGACACCCGCGGCGGCAGGCACAAGGACCCAGCGGCGCCCCGGGACCCCCCUAAAGCUUCGCACGAGGCUCCGUCGCACGAGGAUCCGUCGCACGGGGAUCCAUCGUCGCACGAGGAUCUUUCGCACGGGGAUCCCUCGCACGGGGAUCCCUCGCGCGGCCCCUGGCUGCUGGCGGCCCUGCGGCACCUGCGGCGGCACGUGGAGACCCUGGGAGCCUCCGGCGAGAGCGACAGUUCCCUGAGCGACGCCGUGUGGGAGCUGAUGGAGAGCGGCCGGGAGGUGGAGACGCUGCUGGUGCUGAGCCCCGGCCCGGAGCUGCCGGGAGCCAUCGAAGCCCUUUGCUGCCUGCGGCGCCGCCAGCUCCGGCCCUGCCGCGUCGUCAACGUCAUCCAGCGGCCCAGCCCCGUCCAAUGGGAGUCGCGCAGCGACACGGUGACCCUGGCGGGCUGCAGCGAGGCCGUGCUCCACUUCCUCGCGGCGGGCGGAGCCGCCCAGCUGGUGGCCCACGUGGAGGCCGCCCCCGCCCGCCACGGCCUGGCCCCGCCCCCGGCCCCGCCCCCGGCCCCGCCCGGGCCCCUGCCGCCGCCCCCGCCCCCCCUGCACAGCCAUUGGCGGGGCCUGCGCCUCUUCAUCUCGUCGACCUUCCUGGACAUGGGGGGGGAGCGGGACGCCCUGGUGCGGGCGGCGCUGCCCCGGCUGCGGGCCCUGGCGGCCCCCCACGGCCUGGGGCUGCAGGAGGUGGAUCUGCGCUGGGGGGCCGUCGCCCCCCAACCCCAGCAGCAGGUGGAGCUGUGCCUGGAGGAGGUGUCGCGCUGCGACGUCCUCGUGGGGCUGCUGGGAGAGCGGUACGGCUACGUGCCCCCCGCCCCCCCCGAGGGUCUCCCGGCCGGGCGCUCGGUGACGGAGCUGGAGCUGCUGCGCUUCCUGGGGGGGUGGCGGCCCGGGCAGGACCCCGCCCCCGCCCUCAUUUACAUGCGAGACCCCGCCUUCCUCAAGGAGGUGCCGGAGCGUCACCGCGGCGACUUCGAGGCGGAGUCAGAGGAGGCGGCGGCCAAGAUGGCCGACCUGAAACGGCGCCUGCGGGAGCAUCCGGGGGUGGCGGCCGUGCGCAGCUACGGGUGCGAGUGGGGGGGGGCGAGCGGGGGCCGCCCCGGAGCCGGAGCCCUCGACGCCUUCGUGCGGCUGCUGGUGGCCGACGUCUGGGAGCUGCUGCAGCGGCGCUUCCUGCAGCCGGGGGCGGGGCCUCCCCCCCUGCAGCCCUCCUUCCUGGCGGCCCAGCGGGCAGUGGGCGGGGCCCGGCGCCGCCUCCUCGUCGCCACGGCGACGGCCCUGCGCCGGGGCCCCGGCGGCCGCUUCCUGGUGACGGGCGCCCCCGGCGACGGCCGCACCGCCUUCCUGGCGGGGCUGGUGGGGGCCCUGCAGGAGGCCCCGCCCCCCGGGGGCCCCCGGCCCCUCCCCCCCUGCCUGGUGGCCUAUCACUUCGCGGGGGCCCGGCCCGACCAGGCCGACGCCCGCCUGGCCCUGGGCCACCUCUGCGCCCAAUUGGCCGCCCUGCUGGGCCCCGCCCCCGGCGGCCCCGCCCCGCCCGGCCCCGCCUCCUACGGGGAGCUGCGGGGGCGGCUGGCGGCCAUGCUGGGUCGCCCGGCGCCGGCCCGGCGGCGCCUCGUGGUGCUGGUGGACGACGCCGACGCCCUGCACGAGGGGGGGGAGCCCCGGGACGACUGGGCGCCCCUCGAGCUGGGCCCGCGGGUGUCGCUGGUGCUGAGCGUGGCCGACGGCCCCGGACGCCUGGGCCCCCUGUGGGGGGGAGGGGUGGCGGGGCCCAACCACGUGGCCCUGGGGCCCCUGGCCCCCCCCGAGCGGGCGGCGCUGGUGCGGGCGGCCCUGGCGGGAUGUGGGCGGAGCCUCCCCGAGGACCAGCUGCGCCUGGUCCUGGCCAAGUCGGGCUCGCGGCAGCCCCUCUACCUGGCGCUGCUGACGCGGGAGCUCCGCGCCUUCGCCCGCCACGACGACCUGGGCCCCCACCUGGCCGCCCUGCCCCCGACGCUGCCGGCGCUGCUCCGCCUCCUGCUGCGCCGCCUCCAGGGCCGCCACGGCCCCGCCCUCGGCCCCGCCCUCGCCGCCCUGGGCGCCGCCCGCCACGGGCUGGGGGAGGGGCAGCUGCUGGCGGUGCUGGGGGCGGAGCAGCGGCUGGGCGGGGCCGAGGCCACGUGGGCGGAGACGCUGGAGGCCGCCGCCCCCGACCCCGGCGAGGGCCCCGCCCCCCUCUGGGAGCUGCUGCGGGACCUGCGCUGGCUGCUGGAGGCGUGUGGGGUCCCGCUGGCCCCCCCCGGGGCCCGGCUGCACCUCGCCGGGGCCCCCCUGCGCGAGGCCGUGGGGCAGCACCUGGCCCGGGGGGGGCUGCAGGCCCGGGCCCACCGGCUGCUGGCAGCGUGCCUGUGGCGGGCCUGCGACCCCGACGGGGACGGGACCUUCCGUGGGGCCGACGCCGAGAGCCUGGCGGAGCUGCCCUACCACCUGGCCCAGGCGGAGCUCUGGGAACCACUCUGGGCCCUGCUGAGCGACCUGCGCUUCCUGGGGGCCCACGUGCGCCGGGGGGCCCUGGGGGUCCUGCCCCACAGCCUGGCGCUGCUGCAGGAGGCCCAGCAGCGGGGGGCCGUGGCCGCCGUGGGGCUGGAGGAGGUGGCGGCCGUGGUGGAGGCCACCCUGGAGCUGGCCCGCGAGGAGCUCCACGCCGUGGGGCAGCGCGAGCGACCCGCCGUGGGGCCGGAGGACGCCGCCGUGGGGCCGGAGGACCCCGCUAUGGGGCGGGAGGACCCCGCUAUGGGGCUGCUGGUGGGGCUGGCGCAGGAGGCGGCCAACGCGCCCCCCCGCUGCCCCCUCCGCCCCCAGGCCCGGGCGCUGCUGCCCCACGGCCACCGCCUGCUGCUCUGCUCCCCGCCGCCCCCCGACCUCCCGCCCAGGGGGCGGGGCCUGCGGCUGCGGGGGGGCCCCCAGUGCCUGGCGCUGGCCCCGGGCGGGGGCUGGGCGGCCGUGGGCACCGCCGAGGGCUCCCUGCACUGGCUGCGCCUGGCGCCCGCCGGCCCCCAGGCGGUGCAGGAGGUGCGGGGCAGCGUCGGGGGGGUCCGGGCCGUCGCCCCCCUCCCCGGCGGUGCCGUGGCCUUGGGGGGGGCCGGGGGCGACGUCGAGGUUCUGCUGCUGCCCCACGGCGCCCGGCUGUGGAAGGUGUCGGCGCAUCGGGGCCCCGUCACCGCCCUGGAGCCGAGUCCCGACGGGACCCUGCUGGUGUCGGCCGGGCUGGACGGGCGCCUCCAGGUGUGGGGGGCGGGGCGGGGGGCGGCGGCGGGGGGCGGGGCCUCGGGGCCCCCCCUGGCCUGUGUCGCCUUCCACCCCGGGGGGGCGGCGGUGGCCGCUGGCGCCUGGGGCGGCCGCUUCCUGGUGCUGCCGCUGGACCGGCCCGGCCCCCCCACCGUGCUGGCGCGGGGCGGGGGCCGGGCGGCGGGGGCCUUCGGGGCGGCCGCCUUCGCCCCCGACGGGUGCCGGGUGCUGGGGGCCCAGGCCGGGGGGGCCCUGCGCCUCUGGGCCUGGCCGGGGGGGGCCCCGCUGGGGGUGCUGGGCCCCCCCGGGUGCUGCCCCCCCGCCGGGAUCGCCUGGGCCCCCCCGGGCGUCGUGGGAGCCGGCAGCGACGGGCAGGUGCUGCUGUGGCCGGCGGCCCUGGGGCGGGUGCGGGCGACCUUGCGGCCCCCCCCCGGCAACGACCCCGGCGACGACCCCGCCCUCUGCGUGACCUUUGACCCCACCGGCACCCGCCUGGCCGUGGGGCACCGGGGGGGCGACGUGUGGGUGCACCGGGCGCCCUGGGGGCGGCCGCCGUGGCGCUGUGGGGCCGGGGCGCCCGUGAGCUGCUUGGCCUGGCUGGGCCCCCGGGUGCUGGCGGGGGGGGGGCCGGGGGGCCGGGUGUGGGGCUGGGCCCUGCCGCCCCCCCCCGGUGCCGCCCCCCGGCUCCUGUGGGUGCUGCCCCCCUGCGGGGGGGCCCUGGGGGCCCUGGCCGGGGACCCCCGCACCUUGGUGGCCGCCACCGAGGACGGCUGCGUGGGGCUGUGGCCCGCGGCGGCCCUGAUGGCUCCGCCCCCCUUGCCGGGAGCCGCCGUGGGGCAGGGGCCGCCCGCCGCCCGCCUCCUCCGGCCCCACGCCGGCCCCACGGCCUGCCUGGCCCUCAGCCCCGACGGCCGGCGCCUGGCCACCGGGGGGCGCGACCGGGCGCUGGCCGUGUGGCCCGUGGCCGUGGGGCCGGGGGGCGGCGCCGUGGGGCAGCCCCUCCGCCGCUGGCCCCACGCCCACCGCGAUUGGCUGAGCGCCGUGGCCUGGGCCGGCGAGCUGCUGGUGUCGGGCUCGGCGGCGGGCGCCGUGGGGCUGUGGGAGCCCCGGUCGGGGCAGCGGCUGCGGCAGCUCGGGGGGCUGGCGGCCCCCGUCACCGCCCUCGGCCUCCACGGCCGGCGGGUGCUGGGGGCCGCCCGCGACGGGGGGGUCGCCGCCUGGGACCUGCCGCCCGGCUCCCCCCGCACCCGCUUCCGGGACCCCGUCGCGGCCCCCGCCUGCGCCGCCGUCGCCCCCCCAGGGGGGCCCCGGGCGCUGCUGGCCAUGACGGGCGCCGACGGCGUCACCCGCAUCUGGGAGCCCCUCGAGGCGGCGGCGCCGCGCUCCCUGGGCGGCCACUGCGGCCGCGUCACGGGGCUGGGCGUCUUCGCGGCCCCGCCCCCCGGCGGCGGCCCCGCCCCCCGCGCCUACGUCAUCACCGCGGCGGACGACGGCACCGUGCGCGUGGUGCCGCUGCCCGGGCCAGAUGAGCCGCUCCCCGAGCAGGACCCCGGCGUCCGGGGGGGCCCAGGCGUCCGGGGCCCGGUGGCGGCGCUGGCCUGGAGCCCCGACGGGGCCCUGGCGAUCUCGGGGGGCCCCGGCGGGCGCCUGGUGCUGUGGGGCGACGGGCAGAGCCUGGCCGAGGCCACGUGCGCUCCCCCGGCGGUGACGGCGGUGGCCUUCUGCGACGCCCGGCGGGUUCUGGUGGCGGCCGGGAGGCGCCUGGAGCUCUGGGAGGUCGUCGAGGAGGAGACGGCGCGCGGGAGGCACCACCGGCUGCGGCGCGGCGGAGCGACGGCGGCGGCGGCCAUGACGGGCGGGGCCCCGGCGUCCCCGGUGCUGCGGCUGCUGCGGGGGGGGGGGCCGCCCCCCCCAGCCCGGGCUCCUGGCUUUGGCCGCCGACGGCAGCCUCUGGGGCUGCGGGGGGGCCGGGGGGCUGCGGCCCUUGGCGGUGACGGCGGCGGGGGGGCCGCGCCCGGACGCCUGGGCCCCUCUCCCGACGCCUGGGCCCCCCCGGCCGACGCCAACUGCCCGGACGCCGGGGCCCCGAGGACUCCAGGGCCCCCGAGGACGCCAGGGCCCCUUCCCCGGACGCCGGGGCCCCUCGCCCGGACGCCGGGGCCCCCGAGGACGCCUGGGCCCCUUCCCCGGACGCCUGGGCCCCCGAGGACGCCUGGGCCCCCGCCGCCUUCCGCCUGCCCGGGAGCCCCGUCGACGCCCAGGCGCUGCCCGAUGGCUCCGUCCUCGUCUGGGCCGGGGCCACCCGCCCCCACCUCUGCCGUCUGGUGAGGGCCCAGGCGUCCGGGAGGGGCCCAGGCGUCCGGGAAAGGGCCCAGGCGUCCGGGAGAGGGGCCCAGGCGUCCAGGAGGGGCCCAGGCGUCCGGGAAAGGGGCCCAGGCGUCCGGGAAAAGGGCCCAGGCGUCCGGGGAGGGGCCCAGGCGUCCGGGAAAGGGGCCCAGGCAU